CAAACAAUUAUACUUUUUCAUGUCUUUAUUGAACUCACCGUGUAAACAUUCACAGUGCAGGGUGGAAAAAGUACAAAAAAAGAAAUGUCCCUUUUUCAAGACCCUGUCUUACAGUUGGGAUGAGGUUUUGAUGUUGAUGUUGGUGUGCUGUGCUUUUUUUUUUCUCCACACAGUGUUGUGUGUUCCUUUAAAAAAACUCAACUUUAGUUUCAUCUCUCCACAGAAUAUUUUGCCAGUAGCGCUGUGGAACAUCCAGAUGCUCUUUUGCGAACUUCAAACGUGCAGCAAUGUUUUUAUUUGGACAGUCGGUGGCUGCUUCCGUGGUGUCCUCCCAUGAACACCAUUCUUGUUUAGUGUUUUACGUAUCGUAGACUCGUCAACAGGGAUGUUAGGAUGUUCCAGAGAUUUCUUUAAGUCUUCAGCUAACACUCUAAGAUUCUUCUUAACCUCAUUGAGCAUUCUGCGCUGUGCUCUUGCAGUCAUCUUUGCAGGACGGCCACUCCUAGGGAGAGUAGCAACAGUGCUGAACUUUCUCCAUUUAUAUACAAUUUGUCUAACCGUGGAGUGAUGAACAUCAAGGCUUUUAGAGAUACUUUUGUAACCCUUUCCAGCUUUAUGCAAGUCAACAAUUCUUAAUCUUGGGUCUUCUGAGAUCUCUUUUGUUUGAGACAUGGUUCACAUCAGGCAAUGCUUCUUGUGAAUAGCAAACUGAGUGUUUUUUUAGGGCAGCUCUAACCAACAUCUCCAACAUCUCCAAUCUCCAACAUCUCUAAUCUGGUCUCAAUGAUUGUACUCUAAUUGACUCCAAUUAGCUUUUGGAGAAGUCAUUAGCCUAGGGGUUCACAUACUUUUUCAACUUACACUGUGAAUGUUUAAAUGAUGUAUUCAGUAUAGACAAUAGAAAUACAAUAAUUUGUGUGCUAUUAGUUUAAGCAGAAUGUGUUAAUCUGUUGUUGUGACUGAGAUGAAGAUUAAAUAAAUUUUUAUGACCAAUUUAUGCAGAAAUUCAGAUAAUUCCAAUAGGGUUCAUAUACUUUGUCUUGCCACUGUAUUUGGAUGAUAUGAUGUGAUAUGCGUUUGCCACUUUGGUAAAUGUAAAACGUCUAGAUGAGGAAGAUGAUUAAGUUGCAACAAUGGAGACCACACAUUUGAUAUAGAGUAAUUGCUACAAAAUAUGAAAGGUAUACUUGUUAUAUUUAUGUUUUUUAAAAUUUGAUAUGGAUUAACAUGUGUUUUGAUUUCCAACAUACUGUAAAUCUAUAUCAAUUCCGUUGAUGUACCUUUCUGUGUUCAUAUAUACAGAUUACUGUUAGGGACUUGCUGCUCAUGAUUGGGCACAUAACAAGCUCAGUAUUGGAGGAGGUAAAUAGCAUCCUGAUCCCUGCCUUGGUUGACCUUAUAAGGCUGAGAGCUGCAGAGAGUGAUGCAGAGAGUAUGCUCUCCAUCAGCAAAGACACCAACGAAGAUUCAACCCAGGGCUCUGUCAGCUGUACCUCCCUACUCUCCAAAGUCAAUGUGAUCUGUCUCACUCAGAGUCCUGACAGUAGGUCCUCCCCAAUCUCCAUUGAUGAACCAGUCACUGCUGUCCAGACUUAUUGUAGCAGCAGUUCUCUGUCCAGUGAGGAACGAGCACACUCUUCCUCCAGUCAGAUCUCUAAUAAAAACCUCCUGGCUGCUAGGCCACGUUCUACCAGGCCCCAAUCUGCCAUGCCCCAAUCUGAUAAUGUGACAGGUUAAAGGAAAUACUAAUAGCCUGUUAUACAUUAAACAGUAUUAGUAAAUUCAUAGUAUGUGAGGAUCUUAAAACAUCUAAGGUUAAGAAGAUCAUGCAUUCAGUAUUAGUUGAUAGAUUGAUAACAUUUAUAUAAUUGUGUUCAAAUCCGUCAAGCAUACAAAGGGUACGAAUUGUGAGAGGAAUGUGUAAACGUUAUGUUGAUUACUUUAUGUUGUCGUGGGUAAAAGUGUUAACCUGUGAUCUACUAAAUGCUCUUAAUCUAUGAGCCUGAGAUUGAUUGCUCUGGUCUCCACUCAAAUUCACGGAGAAUUCGCGGUCUUUUUCUCAUUGCACUAAAGGUUCUCAAUGAGUGAACAUGAACCUAUCACUCUCGUGAUUCUUUCCCCCCUUGUUCAGGUACGUUAUUGAUGAUUAAAACGAGUAAUUUAAAUGUAAUAACUUGCUAACAUGUCAAGAGUGUUUAAGGUGUGUCUUAGUAACAUAUUGAGGAAGUUAGUUAAGUUUGCAGAGAGUAAUAUGAGCCGUGCUCGGUUGCAGCUAGCUUCGUACUGCUAGGUACUGCUACGUAGCUGCCAUUUUAUGUCGAUUGUGAAUGAACAUGUGCUUUAAUAAGAUAUUUUGCGGCAUUAUUUGUGUAAUUGUUUUUCAAACACUUUAUUGCCUGUUGAUAAAUUGAGUUAUGGUUUACUGAGUUAAAGCUUUGUGCUUGACAGUUAUAUUGAAAAUAGUAUUUGUUUCAGUGAUGUACAGUGUAUACUGUUGUGACUUGAAUAAAACUAUCUAUUUCCUGUAGAUCUGUUAUUCUGUAAAAUGUGUUACUUAUGUAAAAUGAUUGCACUAAAAGUUCUCAAUGAGUAAACAUUAACCUAUCACUCUUGUGAUUCUUUCCCCCCUUGUUCAGGGGUGUAACACUAAACCACCACCUGCUAAACCACCACCUGCUAAACCACCACCUGCUAAACCACCAUCUGCUAAACCACCACCUGCUAAACCACCACCUGCUAAACCACCAUCUGCUAAACCACCAUCUGCUAAACCACCACCUGCUAAACCACCACCUGCUAAACCACAAUCUGCCACUGACUACUCUGGAACCUUAUCUGCUGUGGUAGGUUGUGGGCAUGUCAUCCCUGUCAAACUGACCUUGGCCAGUUUCUCCUCCUCCAACACCAGCUUCCCCUCCAGCCAGGGCUCAUCUAGCUCAUCUAUCCCUGCCUUGGUUGACCUUAUAAGGCUGAGAGCUUCAGAAAGUGAUGCAGAGAGUAUGCUCCCCAUCAGCAAAGACACCAACGAAGAUUCAACCCAGGGCUCUGUCAGCUGUACCUCCCUACUCUCCAAAGUCAAUGUGAUCUGUCUCACUCAGAGUCCUGACACGAAGAGACCAACACCAACCUCCCCUCCAGCAGCCGCCCCUCCUCGUGCUCUAUCAAGCUUUUAGACAGAAGGAGUGGCAUUCCUUGCUCCCUGGCUGUGAGCUCUAUUUCAACUGUUCCUGGACCUGACUCUAGCAGGAGCCCUAUGCGGGAGAAUCAAUAUGCUACUGAGGUCUCGUCGAUCUGCCUCAGCCAAGAUAGAAAUGGCCAAGGAGGGAGUGUGACACCUCCAGCCCCUUUGGAUGUUUCCCUCCCCUCCGUUAUUGAGCGGGCUGGCGGACUUGUAUGUUCCGUCAUCUCCCAGUCUUUAGCAAUUGUGGAGGCGCGGUCAAGUGUGAAUGGAGGCCACUGGCAAAUGGCAGUUGAUUCCGAUUAGGUUCAGCCCCCUGUACUGUGGGCCUGUUGUGAUCAGGAACAAUGCCGGUCCGGUGGUUAAAGCUUGGAGAACUUUCCAGUUCAUCAGCCCCAUCAUCACCUACAUGCGUGGGGGAUCCCAGCAGGUGGUGGUGAGGAUGCACCAUGUGAGUAGGGUGAGAGGCCUGGAGACUCAACUGGUGUGGGCCAUCUCCAAGGAGACAGCCAGGCUUAGUCCAGAGGGCAUCCCCUACUGUGCCACCAAAGUGCAGUCCAUCACUUGGAUCCAGCGUGUGGCUGGCAGGGUGACCCACUAUGCGUCUCACCUCCGCCACGAGACGUCUGUGGACGUGACGCUUGGCUGCUACCAGCAGACUGAUGUCUCAGUGGUGUACGCCACUCUCCACAUGGGGCUGGACGGGCUUCUCUCCUCUUCAGCGUGGUCGGAGGCUGCCUCCUUCUCUACGCCCACCACUCAGCAGUUCACUGACCCAGAGCCUGAGGGCCACAACUGCUAUGAGGGCUGGGAGGAGGACCUGCUGCCUGAGGAGAGGGAGGUUCCUCUGCUAAACCUCUACCUUAUCACCAAGAGAGUGGAGGACAUCGCCCUGAGGCUCGUCUCCCUGCGCCAGGCCUUCACUACCCUGCUUGGUUCCACCCUGAGCAGGAACCGUCUGUUUGUGGCGGGAAAGGUCCUCCUGGGCGCACUGGUUCUGGCCAACCACAUGGACGAGGCCAAGUUCAUCCGUACCUAUAAGGACUUUGUGGACUACCUGAGUGACCCCUCCAAGCGGAAUGACAUUGAGAGGGAGCUGGCUGAGGCAAAGAUCCAUCAUGUGAACAUGAUAGAUGUCCUCUUUGAGCUGGUGCUGUUUGGGUUAAUGACAGCUCAGAAGUCCCUGAUGGUGCACCCUGGUGGGUUCGUGGAGCGUCUGUACGCUCUCCUGUACUCCUUCCUGCCCACUGCUGCCAACAUGGAGCCAGAGGCUGACAGAUACCUGCUGAUGCUCAAUGAUUCUUGUGACACUUUGCCACCCAACAGGGAUCUAGACACCAAUGCACUACAUUACUUUGCACUGAAUUUGACAUUUUUAAAUAAAACAAGUUGUAGUUCAAAAACAUUUUGCCUGACGCCCACUGUUGACAUGGCUGUGAUCCGAAAGGGACCAAAAAAUAUGUCAUGA